UUUGGAGUUUUGGAGCUCGAGUUUUCGUAGAACAAAUAUCAAACGUUUAAUGACAGAAAUAAAGUGCUAAACUAAAACAAGGAAAAGGUUCCAAUACGGUGUUUUUUUUUUAAUUUACCGCCAAAUAAAGAAAAGUAACCACCAAGCUGGAACUGAUAAUUUUAAUCGCUAGUGUGAAUGAUUAGAAAAUAAAUUCUAUUUGACAAAUACUGAAUUUAUAGCGCUUCAAUCAACAAUAGAGAAUGGGUUAAUCUAAUUAUUGUGCCAUUAAUUAAAUGCAUUGAAUAGGUUUAGGGAAAUGAAUAGUAUUGAUUAUUAAAAAUUCGAUAUAAUAAUCAUACCUGAAAAUUUCUUUUUAUAAACCUUAUUGAUUAGAGAUAAUAAGUUUAAAUAGCGAGGAUAAUCCUUCAUUACAAGUUGUUGGGUUACGUGAAUUGCAGAAGAGAUAUUUUCAAAAUGGCACUGAUGAAAGUUUAAAUAUGACAUCGCUGGGAACGUUUAUUUUAUUAGAAAAAUCAUUGAGUUCAGUAACGUCUUCAUCUGUGAAAAACGAUGAUAAUGCCUACGACACUGAUAACAAUUUACACAGACUAUCUCUAGCUCAUGAGGGGUUAGAUUCAAUGCCGAAAAUAUUGAUUCAAGAAGUAGCACCGACAGUAAAAAUUUUAGAUCUCAGUUACAACGAAUUUGACUCUUUAAACUUCUUAACGGAAUUUAUCAAUUUAAAUUCAUUGAUUUGCGAUCAUAAUAAUAUCCGUGCUAAUUCUUGUAUACCAUUUAUGCCCAAUUUAGAAUUGUUGUGGAUGAAUUAUUGCCAAACUUACGAUAUAUUUCACUUAAUAUGUAAAAUCAGUUGUUCCUGUCCAAAUUUAAAGUACCUGUCGCUAAUGGGGAAUCCCGGAAUACAAACUUUCUUAUUUAACAGGGUGUCCAACUCAGAACGAACGAGAUAUAGGUUAUUUACGAUAUCGCUAUUUCCAUGUUUACGGCACUUGGACGAUCAAAUUGUUUCGAAAGAAGAACGGCAGAAGUCGCAUAAAUUAUAUCAUAAAAACGUUAUUGAUGUGCAAGCUGCCAGAGCCAUGCCGAAUUCUUUACAACGGGUAACCUGCAGUAGUAGGCUCUCGACAAUUUUAUCUCGUCUACGUGGAUUAAAAAACGAGACAAAAAAUUUAAUUGUAUAGUAUUUAUUGUUGUUAUUGAGUGUUUUAUGUAUUUUGAGUACCGUUGAAUAUAAAUAAUUUGUUACUAUUGCUGAAUAUUUUAAUAAAAGUGAUUUUUUCAUUAUUUAA